AUGGAGGCAAUCAAAUCCCGAGCUUUUCCUCAGACCUUGAGCGGGAUGGCACAACACUGGUACAGUCGCUUACCCCCAAAUUCUAUUCCUUGUUUUGGGGAUUUGAGCAAGGCCUUCAAAGGACAGUUUGUUGGAAGGAAGACCCACAUGAAUCAUUUCACCAAAGAGGCCUCGAAGGUCCCGGAUCUAGAUCAGAAGGUAGUUAUGAUUGCGCUCCAACAAGGUAUUACAGAUGACAACUUCCGUCAGUCUUUAGCCAAGAGGGCCCCUGACAAUAUGAAUGAUUUACAAGAGAGAGCUGAGAAGUAUAUUAAGGCGGAUGAAAGUUUGAGGAAAUCACAGAACAAUGAGGGACCGAAUACCAAUUCCAAGAAACGUGGAAGUGAUACGUAG